AUGCUGCCACUCCUGAUCCUGUUGAGCUUGCCUCUGCCCUCCAAGACCUUCGUAGUGAUCACAGAGGGCAUAGAGGCCAGACCACACUCCCGGCCCUACAUGACAGCAAUAAAGACCUCUGGUGUCAACAAUAAAUGGGAACUCUGUGGGGGUUUUCUGGUGCGAGAAGACUUUGUACUGACAGUGGCUCACUGUCUAAAAAGAAUGAUCUUUGUCAUCCUGGGAGCUCACAAUGCCACAAGAAACGAAACCACUAGGCAGGUCAUCCAUGUGAUUCAAUCCUUUCCUCAUCCAAUGUAUAAAAGUGAUACACUUGUCAAUGACAUCAUGCUACUGAAGGGAGACAUGGACAGCUUCCUCUCUGCUGUGAGACGCACUGGCAAGGCAAGAUCUGAACUAACAUCUCUACACUUCUCUGACCAGCUGAAAAACAAGGUACGAUUGAACACAGCUGUGAAGACCAUUUCCCUACCUAGGAGCCAGGACUGGGUGUGGCCAGAGCGGGUGUGCCGUGUGGCAGGCUGGAGAACAGAAAAUGGUAAGUUUUCAGCCACACUCCAGGAAGUAGAACUGGAAGUACAGGACAAGAAGAAGUGCAAGCAAUUCUUCAUACACUAUGAUGACGGCCGUGAAACCAUGGUAUAG